AUGCCCGAGCCAAAGGAUGUGCCAGUGGACGGCUCUAUGACUUCGGCGCCUGUUGUUCCAAAUUUACCUGCCCAAGUCAUUUCGUCUGAUAUCGCCCACGAUUCCUCUUCCACCUCGAAUUCGCUUCGUACCAACUCCGUUCGCCCACCUCCUCACCACCACCACUCCAGUUCAACCAGUCUCACCCAAAGCAAGAGCAGACGGUCGCUGGCAUCUUUGGCACGUGAGAAGACAUCCAACGCCUUCGCCAACUUGGCAUCCUUGGGAACAAGUUCUACACCAAGUCUGCGCUCGGCAACUUCGUCAGGUAGUCUAUCCAAACAGUCCGCCUCUUCCACCAUCCCGCGACCAAGUCUUCCGCGUUCGCCAACCUCGCCAGAAUUGCAGGCGGCAGCACAGUCGCGCAGAACGAGCGGAGUGCCCAUUCCAGUUCAAGAGUCGAGGAACAGUACCGCGGUCCCACCAAUGCCGAACUCGGACAGGAAAGAUGGGAAAAUGCACCAGACGUCGUCUAAGAUAUUGCGCAUGACCGACGAUGAGAGGCCUUUUACCCGCGACUUUCAAGACCUCUUCGCCACCCUCAUCACCAGCCUUCCACUCACACCACAUCGGGUUAGGUUCUCGAGGGUGGAGGAGACGUUUUUAUCAGAGGAGGCCAUCACCAAUCUCGGCUCUCUAAAGUUUUCUCAGUCCAAUCGCAUUCCCGACCCCAAAAACCCGUCAAGAUGGGUCGUCACAACGACGACGACAACCUUUUCUAUGGCCAAGGAGAUGGCUCGUUCAGUAUGCCAACGGUUUGUAGAUGCCCGAUUGAUUGAAUCUGCCGAGUCCAAAGGCAACACAGCCUUUGUGACCAAAGGUGGCGUGUGGCAACUGACUCCUAAAGGCUCAGCCACCCUGCAUCGAUUCUGCGGUCGGAAUGGAAUCAAUGCCCGACAUAUUGAGCCUAUACUACGGCGGAACCAGAUGCAAAUGGUCUCCUUGGAAAGGGAUUCGGCUACCGAUAAGCUUGUCCAGGAUAGGCCCACGAUUGAGAUUAUUUUCCGCAGAUUCAUGGGCUCAGAAGGCCCUAAUCUGAAGAGUUCUACAUCCUUAUCAGACUCGGAUUCCGUGUCUGAAUAUGCCACGGGGCUUGUGGGUGUCAAGAUGGCCAAGGAACGACGAGUGUUAGACAAACUAGUGAACAACAGCUUUACUGGUAAGGCUGCAUCCGACUGGUUGCUUGAUUGCUGCACGACUAUCGAUCGCAGAGAAACAUACGAGAUGGCAGAACUGUUUGUCAAGUGGCAGUUGAUGGCUCCCGUGGUGGAGGACCGAGCAUAUAUCCGAUUGAAUCCCAUGGCCACGUACUUUCAACCCACCAAGCAUGCUAUCUACACUAUUACGGAGAGGGGACAGCGCGUCUGCGGCUGGCUUGCACGGCCCGCCAGCAUUGACAGCGAAGAUAGUCGGGAUACCAAGGACCACAAGAGCCGGCUUACCAGGGAUUCCAAUGUCAGCCGAUUGAACGUGAUCCUUCAGGACGCGGCCCUCCGACUUCUCUUCAAGGAGUUUCUCAGGCAGUCCCUCUGCGAGGAGAAUUUACAGUUUUAUUUUGACGUGUCGGAUUUUACCAGCCAUUAUCGAAAUCUCCAGAAGUCUGGAAAGCUGGACCGACCUGAGGCCGUCAGGGAGACCCUCGCUGCUGCAUAUGGUCUGUACAACUCGUUUCUUGCUUCGGGAGCACCGUCAGAGCUCAACAUCGACCAUUCGCUGCGGAACCGGCUCGACACCAGAAUGAUCCGUACUAAUGCUGAUGAUGAAUCUAUGCGUGAGAGUCUCGACGAAGUCGUGGAUUUGUUUGAGCUUGCCCAAAGUGCUGUCUUCAAAUUGAUGGCUAGCGAUUCUGUUCCCAAAUUCCUUCGAGACCCCCGGCACGCCGCGGUCCUUCGAGACCAUGAGAUCGAUUUGAUCGGCUCGAACCGCGCACUUUCACCCGCGCCUGACCGAACCGUCAGUCGGUCGAAUACACGAUCAUGA